UCCAAAUCCAAAAUCCAAAUACCAAAAGCCGAAAAAAUCCAAAUACCAUUUUUUCUGUAUUCUCUAUUUGUUCGAUGACCCAUAAAUCUAACGGGUCGGUUCGCAGGAUUCUGACGUUUCCGGCUGUUCAUCCCUGCGAGGCUAUCGCUCCAGCGACGCUCGUCGACUCCUUAAUCAAUCUAGCGCACGCUAUUUCCGAUUGCAAAUCCACAAACUUCACCAGCAACAAGGGAAAUGCGCGCGAAUCGGUUCGUCAAAUCGGAGUCCUCCGAGUUUUUCUGGAGGAGCUCCGAAAAGGGAGUCCGAAUCUUCCGGAGUCGGUGGUCCUGGGUCUCUCGGAGCUCCACCUGACCUUCCAGAAGAUUCGGCACCUGUUGGAAGACUGUACCCGCGAAGGCGCUCGGCUAUGGAUGCUAAUGAACUCGGAGCGCGUGGCGGAUCACUUUCGGGUCCUGGCCCGAGCGAUCUCAACGGCUCUGGAUGUCAUUCCACUGGGUGCAAUCCACGUCUCGGUGGAAGUGAAGGAAUACGUUGAAUUGGUAACGAGGCAAUCCCGAAAAGCAAGGUUCGAGGUUGAACCGGCCGAUAAGGCCGCCAUGAAACGUGUUAUCUCGGUUCUGAAUUUAUUCGAAAAUGGGAUUGUUCCGAAUCGAAGAGACUUGAAUCAGGUUCUCGAUUAUCUGGGAAUAGGAAGCUGGAGCGAGUGUGACAAUGAGGCUAAGUUCUUGGACUCGGAAAUUGCAUUGGAGGAAGAAACGCAAGAGGCGGGGUUUCUAGGCAGUCUAAUGGGGUUCAUUACCUAUUGCCGGUGCGUGUUGUACGACGUCAUUGACGGCGAACAAUCCGAUAUCCGCAGAAGAAAAAGCAGCACUGAGGUUGGACUGCUGAGUUGCCUCAAUCCGGAGGAUUUUCGGUGUCCGAUCUCUCUCGAGUUCAUGACCGAUCCGGUGACGGUAUCGACGGGGCACACCUACGAUCGCUCUUCGAUUACGAAAUGGUUCAGGGCGGGGAACAAGACCUGUCCCAAGACGGGUCAGAAGCUACCCAAUACAGAGCUAAUUCCGAACUUGGCACUGUGUAAGCUGAUUCAGCAACGCUGUUCCGAAAGUGGGAUAUCGGUUCCCAAUUCGGGUCGCAGGAAUCGGACUGUUUCGGUUUCGGUGGGGAGUUUGGCCGCCGAGAGAGCUAUGAACAUGGUGGCCAGUUUCCUCGCUUGCAUGCUUGAAGAAAACAACAACAGCAACAGGGCUGCGCACGAGGUCCGGGUCCUUUCGAAGACGAGCGUUUUGAACCGGUCUUGUUUAGUGGAAGCCGGUAUUGUUCCUCAUUUGUUAAAGUUGUUGUCUAGUUCUUCGGUCCAGGAGAACGCUAUGGCGUCUCUUUUGAACCUCUCGAAGCAUCCCAAAAGCAAAGCUGUGAUCGUUGAGAAUGGGGGAUUGGAACUGGUCGUGGGUGUCCUAAACAAGGGAUUAAGCCUACAUGCUAGGCAGCACGCUGCUGGUUCGCUUUUCUACCUCGCUUCGAUCGAGGAGUACCGGGAAUUGAUCGGUGAAAUCCCAGAAGCCAUUCCGGGUUUGAUAGAGCUGAUUGGGAAGGGUCCCGAUCGUGGGAAAAAGAACUCGUUGGUUGCCAUCUUCGGGCUUCUUAUGCACCAUGGGAAUCACUCUAAGGUGCUUGCAGCUGGGGCAGUGCCUGUGCUGGUUAAUCUUUUGGAGUCUGGUACUGAUAUAGAAGAAUUUAAGAUUGAUUCUCUGGCAAUACUAGCAGCUCUGGCGGAGAAUCCCGAUGGAACUGUCGCGAUUCUGCGUUGUAGCGGAGCUUUGCAUUGGGUUGUGGAGCUUCUUCAGUCCUCUGCUGCUUCAAGGGCGGGGAAGGAGUACGGUGUGUCUUUGUUGCUGGCUCUAUCCAUGAACGGUGGGGCAGAGGUGGUUGCUCCUUUGUCGAAGAGCUCUUCUCUCAUGAGAUCACUGUAUUCCCUACUAGGCCAUGAAGGCACGUCUCGAGCAAGCAAGAAGGCCAGUGCUCUCAUCAGUGUUCUCCACGAGUUUUUUGAAAGGAGACCCUCUGGCUUAGUCAGUCCCAUUCUUCCACGAGAACGAUUUGUUCACGUGUGGUAAACCAAUUCCUUAUUAUUAUUAUUAUUAUUAUUUACAAUUACCAAAAGAAAACCCAAAUUUUUUCGGGUAUUCUUUCGUCAUUCUUUUUAGGCAUCUGUAAGUGUAGAUACAUACAUUCUCUGUAGCUAUGAUUGCUUUUCUUUCCAGUUUGAUUAUGUGGUAUUAGCUCGUUUUUUAAAGGGCUAAUAACUCUAUGAGCUUCUGUUUUUGCAAUGAAGCUUUGUACAAAAGUAAUGCCGUAUUGGUGUUAUUUUUUCAAGAUUAACAGAAAUAAAAUUUGUGUUAUAGUGCUGUA